GAUUCAGCAGGCAGGACAUGAAGCCUAUGUUUUAGCUCUUUCCUCCUUCAGCACACCUGCAGUAGGAGCAGCCUGCGUGUGUUUUCUAGAGUUGCUUGGUCUCAACAGCCUCAAACUCAGGGUCGACAUUAAAGUUGCAAAGAUGAUUUUCAGUUACAGAACUAGAAAUGAAGAAUCUCAGCGCAAUCAAAUAAGAGAAUCUUUGGUUGAAAAACUAACAAAAUUGGCUGGUGGUGAAAAAGCAGCAGCAGCAGAAGUUCUUACCUCCUUAGAAGAAGCCUUUUGGGAUGCAGUUGAGCAUCAAGGAGUAAAGAAGACAUCUAGCGACUCUAGAAGGCAGUGGGCUUUGGUAAUGCAGUUCUGUAAACUCCAUGAUAUCGAGCUGAGUACGUCUUACCUGAAGGAAUGUGCCAAAUCCAACGACUGGCUGCAGUUCAUCGUCCAAAGCCAGCUGUACAGCCACCGGCCAGAGGAGGUCAUUUCUAUCCUUCAAGAUUUCACUCCUGUUUUACGAGAUCAUUUGAUGCUGGCAUUGGAGAAGUUACCACUUUUGUGUCCUGGUGCUGCCAGUGUGGUCAAAAGCAAAUAUGCAGAUAGUCUCUUCCAAAUCCUUUUUCAAUGUCAGGGGAACUCAAACCCUUCCUGCUACCUGUUGACUAAAGGACUGAGAGAGCACGCUCCCAUUCUGAGUGUUUUAGCAGCAUGUUUCCAGGACGCAAACAUUAUUGAUUGUCUCUGUGUUUGGAUAAUUACUACCGUGGAUGAUACUACCAGAGCUGAAGCAACAAACCACAUUCAAAGCUCAGCAGAAGAUCACAAAUGGGAUCUUCAUGACCUGUCAGUUAUCUGGAGAGUCUUUUUAAGAAAGCAAAAAAGUAAAACACUUCUAAACGGCUUCCAGCUCUUUUUGAAGGAUUCGCCUUUACUGUAUAUACUGGAGAUGUAUGAACUCUGUAUGAACUGUAAAAAAUACAAUGAAGCUAAAACCAAACUGGACAAGUUUCAGGAAAGUCUCACAAAACUUAAAACUGAAGGUGAACCAGCAGCUUCAGAAUUACCCAUGCCGUGGUUGGAAUCACAAGCGGUGUUUCUUCUCGAGUUGAUGAUGCAGCAGUGUGGGACGGAAUACGAAUUGGGAAAGCUCUUAGGGCUGUUUGCUGCAGCAGAGAAUUUUCUGCUUGAUGGCCCUUAUGUGAAGAAACUCUGUGCACUCAGCGAGACCCUGAAGGAUUCCUCCGUGUCCAUUAAUCGCUCCGUCCUAACCAGUCACAGCAUGGCCACGUUUCAGAGCGAGUGCGGAUCGAUUCUGGAGCAGCUACAAGAGAGAGGAAUGUUCUCGCUGGCUCGGGAGGUAGCAGCACUGGCUGAGCUGCCCGUGGACAAUGUAGUUACUCAAGAGGUUCUAAGAGAUCUACAUCGUUUAAGAGACAGUGGACAGUGGCAUCAAAACCAGACUAGAAUUGAAUUCUGGAAGAAAUGUAAUGACAACUUCAUGAAGAACUCCAUCUCCAGCAAUGCUGCAUCUGAAUUUUUUUUUAAUCAAGCAAACACAGUGUUUGAACCUUUAGCUGACGAGAAGAUAAAUGGCGUUAUGGAGAGACAUUUGUUGCUUACCCUAGCUGGCCAUUGGCUGGCCAGGAAUGACUCGGUGUCACUGCACAAGUUGGAAGAAAUAGAGAAGCAGAUCUGGAUUUGUCGCAUUGCACGACAAAUGUUGUCCGCAGACGAGGGGUCAGGCAAGUCAAGAUCUUCCUCUCGUGUUGUAGUGGACAGAGAUCUUACCUUUGAUAACUUAGCUAAGGAGUUUUCUUUUUCAAAGCUACCUGAUCUGAACACACCCAAGCACUUAAAACUAGAGAGUCUUCCAUGCAGAGAGUCCCAGCAGACCCUGACUAGCGAGGAGGAGGAGUCACUCGAGUUUCUGAUCGGAUGCCUUCUCGAUGAAGGAAGUGUGCACGAAGCCAGCCGUGUUUGCCAGUAUUUCCAGUUCUACAACAGAGACGUUUCCCUGGUAUUGCAUUGCAGAGCUCUGGCCUCAGGGGAGACUGAUGUAGACAAAUUACACACAGAUAUUCGGCCGCUCCUGGUAGCAAGAGAGAAGACAUCUGAAAGCAGUUCGUCUCAGCAGGGCAGAGUCUCGAGCACAUCAAGCUUAGAAGACUGGACACACAUUGUGGCUCCGUCUCUAGAUGAUCCAGUUGUUACCAGUCUGAAGGCUCUCAUAGAUGAAUGUGUCCAUGGGAGAAACUACUGCAGACAGGUUCUCUGUCUGUAUGAACUUUCUAAGGAGUUGAACUGCUCCUACAGUGAAAUGGCAGCCCACCACCCUGAACAAGUGCUUCGAGCAAUCCUGUCGUGCCAGCAGCCGGAUCGAUGCAGGAGAGCUCAGGCAUUCAUCAGCACGCAGGGUCUGCAGCCUGAAACUGUGGCAGAGCUGGUGGCUGAAGAGAUCGUGCAGGAAUUGCUAGUGUCUGCGGAAGGGAAAGGCCAGAAACAUGUUUUGAACCCCGCAGCUGAGAGCCAGGCGUUCCUACAGCUUGCUAAGCUGUGCCAGGAUCAUACGUUGGUUGGCAUGAAGUUACUGGGUAAAGUUUCCUCCGUACCACGUGGGGAACUGUCAUGCAUUACAGAACUGCUGAUUUUGGCCCACAAUUGCUUCAGUUUAACUUGCCACAUGGAAGGAAUCACUAGAGUCCUCCAAGCAGCACGGCUUCUCACAGACGAACAUUUGGCACCUAAUGAAGAGUACGGACUUGUGGUCCGUCUGCUCACUGGAAUUGGCAGGUACAACGAAAUGACCUACAUAUUUGAACUGCUGCAUGAGAAACACUACUUCGAAGUGCUCAUGAGAAAGAAGUUGGAUCCGAGCGGGACGUUGAAGACAGCCCUGCUGGAUUACAUCAAGCGCUGUCGCCCCGGGGACAGCGAGAAGCACAACAUGAUCGCCCUGUGCUUCAGCAUGUGUCGAGAGAUCGGGGAGAAUCACGAGGCUGCUGCUUGUAUCCAGCUGAAGCUCAUCGAGUCUCAGCCGUGGGAGGAGUCUCUUCGGGAUAUUGCAAAUUUAAAGAAACUGCUGAUGAAAGCUUUGACUCUCUUUAUUGAUGCAGCAGAAAGCUAUUCUAAGGACUCCUGCGUCCGCCAGUCCUUGCGCUGCAGUCGGCUGACAAAGCUCAUCACCCUCCAGCUGCAUUUCCUCAGCACUGGCCAGAGCACUAUGCUCAUCAACCUGGCCAGGCAGAGCCUGAUGGAUGCCAUCGUGUCCCUGCCCAGGUUCUACCAGGCAGCUAUUGUGGCGGAGGCUUACGAGUUUGUUCCAGACUGGGCCGAAGUUCUGUAUCAACAAGUGAUCACUAAGGGAGACUUCACUUACUUGGAAGAAUUUAAACAACAGAGGCCGCUGCAGCCUGCCAUGUUCGAGGAGAUCGCGAAGAAAGUGAAACAACACCCACCCACUGAUGCUGCUCUGAGAAACCUGAAGAAACUGCUCACCUACUGUGAAGAUGUCUACACAUACUACAGGCUGGCUUACGACAACAAGUUCUACGAUGUGGUGAAUACGCUUCUGAAGGAUGCACAGACUGGCUGCUGUCUUAAGGAUAUGUUAUCCAGCUAG